AUGGCCUCUCUCAUGCUCAGCGUCUUCGUUGUCGAAGUUGUAGUCAACCUCGUCAACACGAUUGGAGCCACCGCAAUCAACAAUCUGCUCUGGACUCUGAUCAACUUCCUCCCCAUCGCAACGUCCAAGGCAGCCGGCGAGCAGCGCAAGAUUCAAGCCGAUUACCUCAAAGUCCGACGGGACCUGAACGCUACAAGCAGCCAGGAUGAAUUUGCCAGGUGGGCAAAGCUGCGUCGCCAGCACGACAAGCUCCUCGACCAGCUAGAGAAGUCCAAGAAAAACACCGAGGCGGCACGAUCCAACUUCGAUAGGGUUCUCACCGUUCUUCGCAUCGUCGUCACUCGCGCGCCGCAAUACUUCCUGCCCUUCUGGUAUGCCACCGAGCCCAUGUUCUGGCUGCCUCACGGCUGGUUCCCUUACUACGCGGAAUGGAUCUUGUCUUUCCCUCGCGCCCCCAUCGGAAGCGUCAGCAUUGCCUCAUGGCAGCUGGCAUGUACCGGAGUUAUCGCUCUCUUCAGCGACUUGAUUGUUGGCAUCUUCGGACUGCUCCUCAACGCGAAGCAGGCCAAGGAGGCACCCGUAGCGGCCGAGAAGGUCGCUGCGCAGGAGAAGAAGAAAUCAUAG